GUCGCCAGCUGGUGUAGACGAGGAAAAUACUGCGACUUAAGCGGUGUCCUCCUCCAAUCCGGACUCUGCUUCGUAAGAAACUGUCAUUAUCGGCAUAAACAUGCACGACUAACUCUGUUGUGUAGCCGUUGCAGCAACAAGGAUAUGCGUGCGAAACCCAUUUCAUGUUUUCAUGUUUUUCUGCAGCGUCUUUAUUCACCUAACCAGCCAUGGCCAAAUGAGUGAAUCAUGUUUUUAACUGGGCUUUGUUUUCCUGCACACUGUAUGUGGGUAAAUGUAUCCGGCCUUGCCGAUUCAUGGUGCAGUUCCCCACUCUGCUAUUGUAACUCUGAAGCGAGAUGUCGCAGUCGUGUCAGAUACCCCUCCUCCCAUGCCACUCUCCUCGGCUGCUUUCACAAGAAAAGGGGACACGCAACGGCGUGGUCGGCUGCGUGUGAAACACACCAUGACUAGGCACACAUAAGUAAUGGCUUUCGGUGGCCCGCAGCGAAGAAAACAGGAGGGUGUGGUUUGAGAGAAUGCAACCAUUUACUGCCUGUGCAAUGCAUGCAACAUCUUAUAUUUAGAUGACAGAUCGCAGGCUGUGACGUGCAUUGAGUCAUUUUCAGUCAGUGGCAGGUUCAGCCACACUGCCGAGUGCUGUGUCUGUAUGGAGAGAGACCAGAGCCGGGUAGCCGGCUGACACCAUUAAUAACACCCGUACGGAGCUACAUCGCCCGGCCGAACAAGGAGCAACCGAGGGGCCGGUUUAUUAUCUCUCCGUCCCCUGACAUCACCUUGUGGAUACCUCUGUUCAAAGUGACGGAUACAAGGGUCCCGAUCGAUCAAAAACAAAGGAAAACUAUAUGUGUGGGUAUAUAUAUAUAUACAUACAGGCCGAAGCAACAGCUGGUGAUGACUUUUAACUGAACGUGAUGGAUCCAUUUAUGGGCUUCGGACUGGACGAGGACAAGUGUCUGACUACCUUGAGGUGUCAGGAACUGCAGCCUGGCCAGAACGAACCAAGGCUCUUGACACUGAUCGAGCGCUCAGGCUGCUUCGUACUGGGAGUCUUAGCUAACCCAGAUGACUUGGCGAGGAGACCAGUGCCCCAGUUGUCCAUUCCCAUCAAUACCCAUUUCCACAUGGUGCGAGAGGCAGAGGAGGCUCUACUUAUCGACUUCUCCAUUAACUCCCAUAUCCGCCUGCGGGUGCAAGGCGAGCUGUCCCCUGAGCUGCUACUGGAGCUGCCCGACGAUGAGAAGAGCCAGGCUUUCCUCGCGCAAGUGGAGAAGUGCAGGCAGCAAGCAGUCUCCAAGGCCAUGGUGCCUAUAAGCACGCAAGGUGUUCCUCCCAAAGCGAUGGUCCAUGCUGCCCCAAACAGCACCCCCAGAGCCCUCUCAGCAGAGCCAGUCGCCCCCCCUCCCACCUCAGUCCCCCUGAAACACAUCAACCGCACAGAACCUCUCGGGGGCGCCGUCUCUCUGGUGACUGAUUUCGGCUUUGAGGAACACUUCGCCCACUCCCUGACAGUGGACGAGAAGAAGAACCAGCCGGUCCGCCCGGUUCGGCCACCACCCCCCCCACCAACUAAAACUCCUGAAGUGCAGGGUAGACAGGGGUCCCUUCCUACUCCUGGCAACAGAGAUGCCAGGCCCCCUCCAAACACACCCCCUGAGUGGCAGCCUACCACCAGCAUCCCGAAGCAGACCACACUCGUCCAGCAUCACCUAAACAAGAGGGAGAAGGAAUACGUGGACAUCCACAACUUCAGGGUAUUCGUGGGCACGUGGAACGUGAACGGCCAGUGUCCCGACAGCACCCUGGAUCCGUGGCUGAGGUGUGACGAGGAACCCCCGGAUAUCUACGCCGUGGGCUUCCAAGAGCUGGAUCUGAGUGCAGAGGCUUUCUUCUACCUGGACUCGUCGCGGGAGCAGCAGUGGGUGGACGCAGUGAGGAGCUCCCUGCACCCCAAGGCCAAGUACGUUCAGAUCCGGACGGUCCGCCUGGUGGGCAUGAUGCUGGUGAUGUUCGUAAAAGCGAAGCACGGCCGCCACAUCCGGGAGGUGGGCGUGGAGAGCGUGGGGACCGGGAUCAUUGGGAAAAUGGGGAACAAGGGAGGUGUGGCGAUUCGCUUCGUCUUCCACAACACCAGCUUCUGCUUCGUCAACUCCCACCUGGCAGCCCACGCCGAAGACUGCGAGCGCCGUAACCAGGACUACAAAGACAUCUGCGCCCGCAUGAGCUUCCACCUGCCUGGCCGGCCAGCCCUGAGCAUCGUCAAGCACGAUGUGGUUAUCUGGCUGGGCGACCUGAAUUACCGCCUCUUCCUGUACGAUGUGUACGAAGUAAAGCGACUCAUCUCCAAAAAGGAGUUAAAGAAGCUUCUGGAGCGUGACCAGCUCAAUGUCCAAAGGGAGACCAGGAACGUGUUCUCAGAUUUCAUCGAGGGAGAGAUAAACUUCAUACCCACGUACAAGUUUGACCCCAAAACAGACCGAUGGGAUUCAAGCGGAAAGUGCCGGGUCCCGGCCUGGUGUGACCGGAUCCUCUGGAGGGGAAGCUGUGUGAAACAGCUGCAGUACCGUAGUCACAUGCAACUGCAGACCAGCGAUCACAAGCCUGUCAGCUCGCUCUUCCAAAUCGGGGUGAAGGUGGUCAAUGAGAAGCGGCAGAAGCUGGUGCUGGAGGAGGUCAUGCGUGUGAUCGACCGGAUGGAGAACGAGUUCCUGCCCUCCCUGUCGCUGACUCAGAGUGAGUUCACCUUCGAAGGAGUGAAAUUCUGGCAGCAGCAGCGCAGGUAUCUGCUGAUAAGGAACGACGGACAGGUGCCCUGCCACUUCUCCUUCAUCCCCAAACUCCAAGCUUCCCACUUCUGCAAGCCCUGGCUAAAGGUCGACCCCAGCGACGGAUUCCUGGAGCCCAAUGAAAUGCUGGAGGUCACCCUGGAGGUGCAUGUGACCAAAGACUCUGUGGCCCAGCUGAACUCCGGGGAGGAUACCCUCGAUGAUAUUCUGGUGCUACACCUAGACCGGGGCAAGGACUACUUCAUCUCGGUCAGCGGCACCUACCUGCCCAGCUGCUUCGGCACAUCCCUGGAGGCCCUGUGUCACACCAAGAAGCCCAUCCGCGAGAUCCCCGUGACCAAGCUCAUCGAUGUGGAAGAAGAAAGCAGCGUGAGACAGUCUUUUCUGAGCUUCUUGGAGGUAGAAGACACAGGAAGCGGGGACCGGCCCCUGAGGAUCCCCAAGGAGGUGUGGCUUCUGCUCAACCACCUAUCCACUAAGUCCCCCGAUCAGGAGGACCUCUUCAACAUGCCCGGCUUGCCAGACGAGCUGCAGGCCAUCAUUGACUGUCUGGACACCAGCAUUCCCAGCACCAUCCCUGGCAGCAGCCACUCGGUGGCGCAGGCCCUGGUCAUCUUCCUGGAGGCUCUGCCAGAGCCAGUGGUGUGUUACAGGUUUUAUAGGCAAUGCCUCGACUGUUCACAUGACGGUCGCCUUUGCAGACAGUUGGUUGCCCAGCUGCCCCCGUCUCAUGGAAAUGUGUUCCAUUACUUGGUGUCCUUCCUGAAGGGGCUUCUGAAGCACUCUCAAAGCAACCACCUCAAAGCCACCUUCCUGGCCACCUUGUUCUCUAGCCUCCUCAUUCGGCCCUCACCAAAGCUGGCAGGCAAGCAGACACCAAGCGAUCGGCAGAAAGCCAAUAAUUUCCUCCUGGGGUUCCUCGUGGGGGGUGACGAAGAGUAAGAACGACCUCUGAGAAGACACGUCCAUCUGGUCUUGAUGAACUGGCAAGGUGGCCAUACUUUAAGAUGCGGGAUGUCGGAUGGCCGCGACCCAGUAGGAUAAGCGGUUUGGAAAAUGGAUGGAUGGAUGGAUGGAUGGAUGGAUAUCUGAUGGUUCCUGGUUUCUCCUGAGCAGGUUGGAGACAUUAAUUCCAAUAGGAGUGCGGUGUCUGGAAUCUGUGUCUAAUGGGAAGUCUAUGCAGCUGAUCACCUGCACUAUGUGGUGAUGAAGAGCGAGUUACAGGGAAGGGUCCUGCAUUUACGUGGCGCUUUCUCCUCGCUGACUGCUACAUUCUGCCAAAACCUGGACAUUGCACUAUUCAAACGCGUGUCCCGAUUUUGGAAGGUGAACGAUCAACUUGGGCACUAAAGAGUUUGACCAAAAGUGCUUUGAAGACGUUAGUGUUGCUCCGUGCUAUUCUGUAUUCCAAAAACCUUUUUAUUUUCUGUUGAAUGAAACAUCAGAGCUGUCCAAGGGUGCUUUCUUGGAUUCAGGGGCAACUGUAAAUCUAUGCCCAAGAGAAUAAAGAAAAAUAUUUUCUUGUGCAGUUAGAACGAAAACCUUAAUGACCAUUAAUGACCAGGAAAGCUUUAUUUGCUGGCCAAAACCUGGAGCCUGUAUUGUCUCGUGUGGAAGUUUUUAAUGUUUUUAAUUAAUUUAUUUUCUAGGAACCUUGAUCUCCUGUUUUCAGAUACUGUAUUUAUGUUUUAUGAAGAGGUUAAGCCCAGGAAUAAGCUAAACGCACAACCUGAGGUCAGCAGUGUUUUCGAUGUCCUUCAGUCUGUCUGGUGACUCUCCUUCUGUCCAGAAGUCCCUGUUUAUUUUCUGGUGCUGCUUAACAUCUCACGUUCUACCUAAGUGUUGUUGGUCUGUGGUGACACAGUUGACUACUAUAUUCAUUGUUGUUCAUAUGAGAUGUUGUCGAGUCACUGAAACUUAUGCAGUUAUGCGUGACCUUUUUCCUGUGUACGUAUUUGUGUGUUUGUACGUGUGUACACAUGUUUACAGACAGCUGUGCCGCUGAUUGUCUUGGUUGUGGAUCACGAUUGUCUGACAGUACUUUGCCAGUCAGGGACUCAUAGGCGUUUACCUGCUGUUCUAUGUAGUUUAUCACAAAUGGUAUUUUUCAGUGACUUUCCUGCAGCACACUGAAGGGCUCAUAUAGAGAUGAGAUAACAGAGACAAAAAUAUAUCAUGAUUGCUAAUCUUGAUCGUGAUUGAAAGUCUAUCGUAAGUUGUUUUCCAUAAAAGCUUCCUUAAUUCAAGGAAAUUACCAUUAAUAUACAAAGCAACAGACUGUGGGUUAUCAGCUGAUUCAAGUGGCUACAUAAAAAAUCACUUUAUUUAUAAUGUUCCACAGGCGCAAAUAGAAAUGUAGGCACAAUAAAUGCAGCAUUUCAAGCUUGCAUACCAGACUUUUUUGCACUAUUGCAUUCGGACUGCUUCUUACAGUUUGUUGCCUGUUUGAUUUCCUUGAGUCACAAUGACAAAUCGCACUCAAGUUACAUCUGAAUUGGUACUGCCCUCUGCAUUCUUAGGUUGACUAUGAUUGACUGCUGUGCUGAGAUUUUAAAACCAUGCAGAUUCAAACAUCUGUACAUAAGACGGGUUAGUUUGGUAAGUUUGUCGGGAUGCUUGCAAUAACCGACAUACGCUGAAUUAGUUCACUUGGUUUUUAAGUGUCAGCUUUAACUCCCCAUCACUGUUUUAUCGUAAUUGUUAUAAAUAAAAACUUUAAAUGGUUCAGCCAAGAGGCUAUAAGAACUUUUUUGGCUUCUCUGUAAUGUAUGAACUGGUACAGAGUCAUUAAUGUUUGAAGCAUCUCUUGUGAAUACUGUAUGCAUCUGUUUUUGCCGGUUUCCUUUGUCUGAAGGGAUCUGCGAAACAGACUUCCCUCUUACUUAAUCUUUGCUCUCUCUUUAUAUUCAGUAUAUUGACUUGGAGAGAGGGCGAUGGGAGUGGGCAUGGGAGGGGGGUUCAUUUUAUGAUUACGAAGCAGCAUCUGCUUGACCUAAAUUUUGGCUUUUUGCUGACAGCAGAAGAGUUCUGGAAUGUCCCUGUUGGGAAACUUCCUACACAUUGACUCAUAUGUUCCCAAAAUGUGUGCAGCCUCCUCCCUCCACCGCAAGCACUCUUGCGAUAAAGCAUUACUCGAAAUGCUAAUAGACUUAGCACUUACCCCAUAAGGAAGUACAGUCUUUCCAGAUCAUUACUUGUACUGAUGGCAUUUGUGUGUGACUCCAGUGUCACACGUCUCCAAGAGAUCGGAACAUGAGAAUGUGUCUGCAUUUGGAUAUCUAUGAGAAAAUCCCUUCAACUGCACCUGUAAAUAUUGUAGAUUUUCCUGUGUUUUUAGUCCUUUUAAUUUAUUUGUAUUUUAAAGGAAGUAAAAGUUGUGUAAAGUUA